GAGCAUAGUUCAUCUACCACGUUCUUUCACAUUUUCCAUCGCAUCCAUGGAUCCCAAGUACACGUACUCUUAUUUCCGAGUUUCUAAAACCGAGGCCGUCCUCGAUUCUGCACGGAAAUACCGCGAUCUACGUUUACGGGCCCUGCAGGAGUCGCCCGGAUCUUUUGCGUCCACAUAUGAAAUCGAAUCUAAGUUUACAAAUGCCGACUGGGCCGACCGCGUGACCGUUCCUGAUCGUGAGAUCUUUAUCUGUGCCGCUACUCCCAUCCAGCCCGAUCGAACUCAACUGGAUGUUAUGGAAUGGAUCGGCCAGGUCACUCUCCGCGGCCCCAUGUCUCGGGAUGAGUUCACCCUACCCGUUGAAUCCGGACAACGACCACCGAAAAGGGAUGAGGAGGAAGAACGCUGGCAGAUGCUGAGCUUGUUCACGCUUUCGGAACAUCGAGGGAACGGCCUGGGCCGGAAUCUGUGCCGCGAAGCGCUUCAAUAUCUUCGAAAUUACCGAUCCGACCCUCCAAACAUUCAUGUGCGACUCAUGGUUAAGCCAGAGAACCAUGUCACUGUGAGCCUAUACAAGCGUCUUGGGUUCAUAGAGGCUGGUAAAGCCACACUUGCAGAGGCACUUAUUGCCAACGGAGACGGGCACUGUCUGCCUAAAGAUACGAGCACGGCAAAAUACUCAGAUCGCACCGGAUUGAUCAUGGUUUUUGACAUAUCACGCCCAUGACUUCGUUGUAUGAUGCACAUCAAAAAUAGACUAGGGACUAGAGCGUUGUUCAUAUUGCUACUCUCACCAAUCUUCUGUUACAAACGGGACAUUCGGAGCCUCUAACUUGAUUUUGUUCCCCGUACCACAAUUAUAUAUUGGGCUUUAGGGAAAUAUAAGCAUUCUGGAGUGCCUUGUAGCUCAGGACACUUUACUGGCCAAUUCUGAAUAUAUUCUAGUUGGACUUAUAGCGGUUAAUUAGUAAUCAGUAUUAUAGCUUACUGUUAGCAUAGAUAGG